GAGCAAAACAGAAAAGAAAUAUUAAGACAGAAGAGCGCGAGCGGCCCAAUUACUGUCACCGGGCUGCGUGUCGUCACACGUCCUGUAAUCUGCUUUGAUUUUAGAGCCGCUUAUACCAGACUGCUGCUGGAUAAAUCAUAACAGUGAUGAGGAGCUUCAGCGGAUUACGAUCCGCUUUUCACAUGCUCAGAAGGGACUUCCAUCAUCAUCACUGUGUGGGAAUAAUAGGUGCUCCUUUUUCUAAAGGACAGCAGAGAGAUGGUGUGCAGAGAGGAGCGGACCUCAUUCGAGCUGCUGGAUUGGUGCAGAAACUUAAAGGGCAAGGUUGUGUAGUUAAGGAUUAUGGGAACCUGACUUUUAAGGAUGUUCCCAAUGAUGAGCCGAUUGGCAGACUGAGGACCCCGAGAGCAGUCGGCCGUGCCAAUGAGCUGCUAGCAGAAGCCGUGCAGAAGAUCAAGAGCGAUGGCAAUACUUGUGUGAUGCUGGGAGGAGAUCACAGCUUGGCAAUCGGUUCGAUCUCCGGUCAUGCCGCCUCAAGACAUGAGCUGAGUGUUUUAUGGGUGGAUGCGCACGCAGACAUCAACACACCUUUAACCACACCAACGGGAAAUAUUCACGGCCAACCAAUGUCUUACCUCAUCCACGAACUGCACUCAAAGAUCCCCUUAAUUCCAAAUUUCUCAUGGUUAAAGCCUUGUGUAGCAGCUAAGGACAUUGUCUACAUUGGGCUAAGAGAUGUGGACCCAGAAGAACAUUACAUCCUGAAGCACCUUGGAAUCAAAACGUUCUCCAUGACAGAGGUUGAUCGGCUCGGAAUAGCAAAAGUGAUGGAGCAGACGUGUGAUUACAUGUUUUCAAAGGUGAAAAAACCAAUCCACCUCAGUUUUGAUAUCGAUGCACUGGACCCUUCGAUCUCACCUGCAACAGGCACACCUGUGGCUGGAGGACUGACCUACAGAGAGGGCAUUUACAUCACUGAACACGUCUGUCAGACAGGUCUUCUCUCUGCUGUAGACUUGGUGGAAGUGAACCCAAACCUGGGCAAAACAGAUCAUGAAAUUAAAUCAACAGUAAAUGCUGCAGUGGAUGUGUUACUGGGCUGCUUCGGACGUGUCCGUGAGGGGUCUCAUGAGCCCAGUUACCAAAUUCCAAAUCCAUAAAUCACAAGCUUUACGCUCUUACAAAAAAAAAAGGUGCUUAAAAGGUUCUUCACAGUGAUGCCAAAGAGCCAUUUUGGUUCCACAAAGAAACAUUAAUUCAAAGGUUCUUUUAAGAACCAUCUUCUUUUUACCUUUUUAUAAUUUGAGGAGCCUUUUGCCACAAAGAACCCAUCGUUAAACAGAAAGAUUCUUAAGAUGGUAAAGGUUCUUAAUGGAACCGUUUAGACAAAAAAGGUUAUUUUAUGGCAUCGUGAAGCACCUUUAUUUUUAAGAGUGUAUUUUAGUUAUAUUUACUGUUAUCAUUAUUUAGGCCAUCGUGCCAUUUAAAAUAGAAUUUAAAAGUAAUUUUAUUUCUGUUCAAAAGUGAAUUCCAAAGAUAUAUGCAAAUUAUACCACAGUAUAUAUGCAGAACUUGUGCAUAAACUAUGAUUGUCUUUUUUUUUUAGAUGCUUGGAUGAUUAACAAUGUUUAUUGCAAGAAAUAAAAUAAUCAUUUUAUUGAAAAAUA